CUGCAUUGGUCCAAGCGACAUACAACAUGGACUGCACAAAAAACUCCAACCAACUGGGAAGACUUGUGUGAGCAAGCAUCUCUUCGGCUUGCUUACACCAUCAAAGAAGAAGACAUACCUUCCGCACUCUAUGUGAAUUCUGAUCAGACACAGGUGGUUUAUGCACAGGAUUCAAAACUUACCUGGGCAAAAACAGGUGCCAAGCAGGUUUCAACUGUGGGUAAUGACAAGAAGCAGGCAUUUACAGUCAUGGUCUCAAUUGCAAAUGAUGGCACAAUGCUGCCCCUGCAGGCCAUCUAUCAAGGAUAUUUGAAGGUGUCACGCCCGAGUCCAUCAGCUCCCAAUUACGAGAACUGCAUGAACACAGGGUUCCAUUUUGAAUAUUCCAACACGAAAACCUAUUGGUCAACACAUGGAACUAUGCAUUCCAUUUUA